CUUCAGGAACUGGAACUGUCGCGUUGUGUGAUGUCUGUUGGUCAUGUUGAUUAACUUGGAAUUGGAUAGAUAAAAUAUUUUUCUUGUAUUUUUUUAUUAUUAUUUUUUUUCCACGUUGAUGCAAUAAUGUAAGGACAUUUAUGCAACAAAGUGUUUUUCUGAAGGAGCUUGUGUAACGUUAACUUACAUCUUGCUCAGCCCUUACUCGAGUCUAAAGUCAACAAUAUUUUCUAUAGCUUUUUGGUUUUGUCAUAUUUGUAUAUUUAAGAAGCAAGUAAGCAUGCUGAAGGCUGUCAUUCUUAUCGGGGGUCCUCAAAAAGGGACCCGGUUUCGCCCUCUGUCGUUUGAGGUUCCCAAACCUCUUUUUCCAGUGGCUGGAGUGCCAAUGCUGCAGCAUCACAUUGAGGCCUGUUCUAAGCUUCCGAAUAUGAAGGAGAUCUUACUCAUUGGCUUUUAUCAGCCCAAUGAAGAACUUAACAGAUUUUUGUCAUGUGCCCAACAAGAUUACAAAAUAUCAAUAAGAUACCUUCAGGAAUAUGCUGCUCUGGGCACUGGAGGAGGAAUUUACCAUUUCAGGGAUCAGAUCCUGUCUGGCGGUCCAGAGGCAUUUUUUGUCAUGAAUGCUGACGUGUGUUCAGAGUUUCCUCUGCCAGAGAUGCUUGACUUCCAGAAGGAGCACGGAGACGCUUACAGUUUCAUAAUCCUCGGCACCACUGCCAACAGAAAACAGUCCCUGAACUACGGCUGCAUGGUUGAGAAUGAAAAAUCUGAUGAGGUCUUGCAUUAUGUAGAGAAGCCCAGCACAUUUGUGAGUGACAUAAUCAACUGUGGAAUAUACCUGUUCACUCCAGAGAUAUUCCAGCACAUCGGAGAAGUUUUCCAGAAGAACCAACAGGACAUGCUGUUAUAUUCAUAUGAGGGAGAAGAGCAGUCCAACGGCUGGCAUCGGGCAGAGGUGAUCCGUCUGGAGCAGGACAUCUUCACUGCACUGGCAGGACAGGGCAAGCUAUAUGUGUACAAAACAGACCGCUUCUGGAGCCAGAUCAAAUCUGCAGGAUCUGCAAUCUAUGCAAGCCGGUUGUAUCUUAACCAGUAUCACAAGACCCAUCCAGAGAGGUUAGCUACCAAUACAGAUAGAGGGCCGAAGACCAGAGGGAAUGUUUAUAUACAUCCAACUGCCAACAUUGAUCCAACUGCUGUAUUAGGUCCGAACGUGUCCAUAGGAACAGGAGUAACCAUCGGUGCAGGAGUUCGUGUGAGGGAGUCCAUCAUCCUCCAUGGUGCUACUUUACAGGAUCACAGCUGUGUGUUGAACAGUAUUGUUGGCUGGGGCAGCACUAUUGGCAAAUGGGCCAGAGUAGAAGGGACCCCUAGUGAUCCGAAUACUAAUGACCCGUAUGCCAAAAUUGACAGCGAGACACUUUUCAGAGAUGGAAAAUUAACACCCUCCAUUACAAUUCUAGGCUGCAAUGUAAAUAUCCCAUCUGAGGUCAUCAUCCUCAACUCCAUCGUCCUGCCACAUAAAGACCUCAACAGAAGCUUCAAAAACCAGAUCAUUCUGUAGUUUAAAUUUAUGGCAUUUGCGUACAAAUCUACACAAAACAGAUCUUUGAAAUGAAUCCUUAAUAAUGGAUGAAUCAUCUGAAGAUUCAGUAGUUUUCAUGGAAAAAUGUCUGGUGCUGAAUUGUGCACAUGUCAUUGCUACAGAAAAUUGCUGUCAAUAUGUUUCUGAAAAGACUUGUAUUUUAUUUGCAGCUUGUUGGCUCCCUUGUGUCAAUGAAAUGCCAAAGAAAGGUGCAAAAAGGCAGUUUAUUUGUGCACUCUGUUACCAUUUUGUUCUGGUAUUUAACGCGUCAUGUAAAAAAAAUAAAAAUAUGGUAAGAGUAGACAAAUGGUAAAAUCUUGUAAUUGGAUACAAGUCGUGUUAGUAAUUGUUUUGAAUAAUUUAUGUUUUUGUGACUGCUCUCUGUAUGAAAGCACGAGCACAGUGCAAGAGUUAGACAUCUGCAAUAAAUUACAUUUUGAUUAAGUCGCA